UUCGUUUCAGGAUGUCGUCGUCCACGAUCCAGACGCUGAAGGUGGCGGUGGGGGACCGCGACUUCACGACGACGGCGGAGGUGAACCACGUGGACGUGCCCGUCUGGAGGGUCGUCUACCACAAUCAGUUCAGCGGGAGCUCUCUCCACAACGACAUAGCUCUGUUGGUGCUUCCGUCGAAGAUUGCCUUUAACUCGGGAGUCGCUCCUGUGUGCCUUCCGUCGAACACCCGGGAGUCGUACGUCGGGCAAAGGUGCAUCGUGGCUGGCUGGGGCUCCCUGUCGGAGGGCGGGUCGACGACGACGACGCUGCGAGAGGUGGAGGUCCCGAUCCUGGACAACGCCGCCUGCCAGCAGAAGUACGGGGGAUCAGCGCCCGGAGGGAUCAUCCCGGGGAUGAUCUGCGCCGGCGAGCCGCAGCGGGACGCCUGCACGGGAGACAGCGGAGGACCGCUGGUUUGCUGCAAUUCCGGGAAGUGCGACCAGGUCGGGGUGGUGUCGUGGGGGAUCGGCUGCGGGCACCCCAAGUACCCCGGGGUGUACACGAGGGUGUCGCAUUAUAUGGAUUGGAUCACGAAGAAUCUGGCCGUGACGCCGUGAAGUAUUACGUUGCC